ACACAUUUCAAUGUGCUCAGGAGAUCUGAUCCAGCUUAUGCCUUGCUCUGAGUCCUGUUUUGAAUCACAGAGCAGAAAUUGUCUGCAGCUGUCCUCAGUUCCUGGGAACACACGGCCAGUUGUGCCUUCCUAAAGGAUAAAAUAAUGAAUUCUUUUCUUUUUCUUACCAUAUUUUUAGCGUGUCCUUCCCCUCACAGAUGGAAAAGACAAGAAUUUCGGGAAAAUCUCAACACAUGUAGAUCUGAGUUUAAGAGAAGCCUCCACGGGAAUGGGAGGUCAGGAGGGCACAUGGCCAACCCCACCACCCACCCUGAGGAGCUGUACUGGAACAGACUGAGUUGCUAAGCUCUCUUUCUUUCUCUUGAACUAGAAAAAUUCUUUCUUCUCCGUGAGAAAAAAUUCUUUUGAAUGAACCUUCCUCUCUUUUUUUCUUUGUGGUUAUUACAAAGACAGUAACUGUUCUGACAAGCAGUUCCACAGUCGCUGGUUUGGAUGUACGUAGCGGCUACAAACGGAUUCGGAGGGAAAGGAAGCACAAGCACAACCUACAUCAGAAAAUAUUAACAUAUUGGUGCACUAGGAUUGGAAGAACGAGGCACCUCCAUGCUUCACAGCUGAAGGAACAAACCUAGGCUACCAGAUACUAUCACAAACUGCCACAUCAGCAAGGACUGAACCUGGCCAGAGGAACUUCUGAUCAAGAAAUAAGAUUUUAUUGGGUCUGGAAAAGUCAGUAUGUUGGAUCAGAUUCAUUGGCUGGCUGCUGUGACAGUCCUGGGAGUCCUGGAGCAAGCCUACUUCUUCCUCCAGGUGAUCUAUGCUAGGAGGUUGUUUGGCAUUUCACCUCCAAAGAUCUCAGGCCCUCCUGAAUUUGAAAGGAUCUUUCGAGCACAGGUGAACUCCUCUGAGUAUUUUCCCAUCUUCCUGGCACUUCUGUGGCAAGCUGGACUCUUCUUCCACCAAGGUCUGGCUGCAGCCUUAGGUGUGCUCUAUCUCUGUGCCCGCUACUGCUACUUUAUGGGAUACAAAGCAUCAUCCUCAGAAAGACUCGCCCCGAUAUACUUCAGCGCUGGAGUUCUCUGGAUUCUCAUUGCAGUGUCAGCCCUGGGCAUCCUGCAUUUCUUCCUCUCUCACUAUGUGGGGCUGAACGUCCUGCAGCUUCUCACAGCAUGAUCCACUCCUCUGUGCUUCAUCACUGUCCUUCAUCUUCAAUUCCCACUCCCUCCUGCCCACCUUAACAGACUGGAAUGAGAAAUGCCCUCAGUGACAAAUCCACCUUCACCCGAGCUUUUAACACCUCCAUCCUCACUGUCCAGCACUGGCAGGAACUGCUGAGCUGUUUAGGAGAUAUUUUUCUCCCAUGGCACUUGUGUGCCAAUUGCUCCACAUCUGGCGGCUCCAUCAUGUCUGAUGUGGAAACAACAAUCCCAAACAAGGACAUAUAAAAGCAAACUCUUCUCAGUCUGAGUUUCCCAAUGAGUUGCCAAAGGGAAGUGCCAUGUGUUCCCCAUUCUCCAGUGGCGCUGCCCUCAGCCCAGGCACAGAACACGGAUUCGUGCCAGUUUUCCAAGCCCCACACCUAAGAAAGGCAUUUGUUUAGAACCAGAUAUGGGCUGAGACAUAAUGAAAGAGGUGAGGGAUAAACUGGAGCAGCCACCAACAUGUUGUGCAAAAGUCUCUUGGUGCCCUCAUGCUGGUUAUCAGCUACUGCUGUAAAUCUGUGCAAACUCAUCUGUGCCACUUUGAACUCAGCCCAGUGACAACAGGCACAAAUAAAAUGUCACUGAACUUGCUGUCCUGGGUGUCUCUUUGUGAGUCUGCAGAGAACAGAAACAUGAGUGUGUGAGUGCAAG